AUGGCUCUAGGGAAACCUAAGGAUGUCAAAGGCGAUGUUUUGUCCAACACUACACCACCACAGUUGCGAAGAACCAUGGAAACCGACACACAACCCACCCAGAAGACACUAAGGUCAUCCAUGUCGACAUUUUCACUCAAAGUGAAGGCGGCCAAGUCAGCAAUCAGGCGCCCAACCAGCCUCCGUGGAUCGAAACCAGCAUUCCAGAGCGGUCCUAUGAUUGUGGACGGCGCUCCGUCUCUCGCGCCCAUCCGCAUCCACACUCCGAUCAAUCUCGACAAACCUUUGCCUGACCUGCCGGACGACGGCAGCUCAAGGUCCGGCGGUCGACAUGGAGGCGUAAGCGCUGAUAUCGAUACUAAUGUCUCAGUAUCUGAUUUUGAGGGUUAUCUUGACAUGCUGGCCUACGUCAACAGACAAUUGCCGAUUGUUCCUAGCCCAUCUCAACCAGCAUUACGGGACGUGUCGUCCUCGCCAUCACUGUCGAUUGGCAGCCCGCCGAAAGAGGAUGAGUGGAUAUCCUCUCGGCCUCCAAGCCGGACAAGCACAAUAUUCUCUCACAAUGACGAGGUCCGCCGAGUGCGGACCCACAGUGGCCUACUGUCCCGGAACAGUCCUGCUGGCAGGACAGUCACGCCUAUGUCGUCGCUUGGCUCAGAAUCAGGGCUGCGGAUCAGCACAAGGGCUUCUCUCCACACAUCUGUGGUUACUUCCAGGAUCGAUGAGCUCAGCGAGCCUGAGACAACACCAUGCCUGACACCAAAGAAUGACGCUCCGCCGUCGCCGCCAAAGCAGUGCUGCCAUUGUGGCCGGGAUCCCGACAAACAAGAUGCUACAGACGUCGACUCUGGUCCUCUGGCUGCCGUCAAGGCCCAAGACGUAGCGAACGUCAACUCCAGCCCCCUCACGGUUAUCAACAUGAUGAAACACGAAAAGGACUGGGAGAACAAAACAACCGGCCCGACCAUCACAGCUCAAGACACCCUCGGUCGACGUUUUGUGUUGUACCCAGAGACGUCUUACUUCGUCGCCCUCGAUGGUUCCUGCAAAGUCCCCUCAGAGUCUUCCGCAGGACAGACGCCGCCGAGCGCCGAAAUCUCGCCGUCAAGCCCGCAUACGCCUUCCCCAUACGCGCGACCACUGAAUCCGGAUCCAUACGCCGACGAAAACUCGCCUUCGAAAAGAGUCAUCUCCCCUUUCCAGCGGCCCUCGAACCCCGAGCCGUCCACAACCACAAGUUCCCCCUCGGACCAGACUGCCCGAGACGGAGACACGGACGGCGGCCAGGAUGACUCCGAAAAGGGAGAGGAGCCCAGCUUCUGGAAGGACCCUGCCGGAACGAUUGUGGUUUACGAAGGCAUAGCCCGUGACGGGGACGAGGUCUUCUACGGCAAUGAUAUCAACUACCUGGGUUCCUUCUAUGACGCCGAAGAAGGGUCUUCCGGACUGGGGAGCGCAGUUGACCUCGUGGGUCUCUCCUCUGGCCUCCACGUGAUCCAUGAGGAUCGCAGUUCAGAGGACCUGGCUAUGUGGGAUAAUGAUGUUCUCACCUUCUGUUAA